UAACACAGCGUAGCAAUUUCAUCUUCCCAAACGUGAUCUCCUUUAACAACUGUGAGCACUCAAAUGCCUGUUGCCAGGUUACCGUCCAGCACUGUGAAAAGCGGGAUUGUGUACGCGAGCAGCAUGGAGAAGCGCCGCUGACUUGCGCCCAUCUCUAAAUAAUGAAUCACCGAUGCAUUCUGAAUAGAGGGAACGCGAUGAAUAGGCGUGUGUGAUUGGGAUCGAAUCCGCAGCUUCGGAGCCGGGGGAAGCCAUGCAGCUCCAGUCUGCUGCACAAUGCAAGGUGUCCGGCUUCAUACUGAAUGAGAGAUGUGCCCAGUCUCCGAAAAUGGAAGUCCACCGUGAGCAGAGUAUCUGUCAGGCGCGGGCUGCUGUCAUGGUAUAUGACGACGCCAAUAAGAAGUGGGUUCCGGCUGGUGGAUCCACAGGCUUUAGUCGAGUCCACAUCUAUCACCACACUGGCAACAACGCCUUCAGAGUAGUCGGCCGUAAAAUUCAGGACCACCAGGUGGUAAUAAACUGUGCCAUUCCCAAGGGGCUGAAAUACAACCAGGCCACACAAACGUUUCACCAGUGGCGAGAUGCACGGCAGGUGUACGGCCUUAACUUUGGCAGCAAAGAAGAUGCCAAUGUAUUUGCCAGUGCCAUGAUGCAUGCCCUGGAGGUGCUGAACUCUCAGGAUGCAGGCCCCCAGUUGCCAAGACAGACCCCUCAGGUGCAGAAUGGCCCUUCGCCAGAGGAGCUGGAGGUGCAGAGAAGGCAGCUGCAGGAGCUCCAGCGUCAGAAGGAGCAAGAGCGGGAACGACUGGAGAGAGAGCGGCUAGAGCGGGAACGGGUAGAGCGAGAGAUGCUGGAUCGGGAACGGCAGGAACGGGAACGGCAGGAGCGGGAACGGCUGGAGAGGGAACGUGCUGAGCAGGAACGUCUGGACCGCCUGGAGCGUGAGCAUCAGGAACAGGAGCAGCUGGAGCGAGAACGCCAGGAACGGGAGCGCGCCGAGCGGGAGCUGAUGGAGAGAGAGCGUGCGGAGAGAGAGAAGCAAGAUAGGGAGCACCAAGAGCAGCUGGACAGAGAGCAGAUGGACUGGGAGAGAGGGAGACGUAUCUCCAACGCCGCAUUUGAAAGCACCCUCUACACUCCUCCACCUCCUGAAUACAACAAGACCACCUCCUCCUUACCAGUCUCUCCUUCCACACCCAGUUACCCUCCACCGGCGCCAUUGCCCUCCACAGCCGCUCCUCCAACCCCGCCCAUGCGUCACUCUGCCUCCCGAUUCGCCACAUCGCUAGGCUCCGCCUUCCACCCGGUCCUGCCUCAUUACGCCACGGUCCCUCGCAGGCAGCCUGCCCCGCCCACACCACCGCCCUCUGCCCCAGCUCCUCCUCCUUUAGCUCCGGCCUCCAAAUCCGUCGUCUGGACGGCUAACAACUUCACUCCCUUACCGCCGUCUCCUCCGGUCAUGAUAAGCAGCCCCCCGGGCAAGGCAACGGGACCCCGCCCGAUGAUCGCAAUCCCAGCCCCCAGUCCGCUCUCCCAGAAACCCCCUUCGCCCAUCUCGGCGCCCAACGGGCCGCCCACCUCGCUUCACUUCCACACCUCAUCCCCCGUCUCGGGUCAGCCGUUCUCUUCGCCCCCGACGCCGCCCCCUCCGCCGCCCCUGUACUCUCCCUCACCCACCUUGCCCAUCGCUCCCCUUGUGUCGUGUCCCUCACCCCAGCCUGCUGUUCUCCCUUCUCCUUCCACAGCCUUCCCUGCCUAUGCUGAGCACUCUGUAAACUCUGGGUUGGGAGACUCCUACUCCUCUGCUCCAGAGCCGCCCACUCAGCCUGCUGACUUCCCCAGCCAGCCGGAUUCAAUACAGGGGAUGCCAACUCCUCCACCCCCACCACCCCUCCCUCCCAGCUCCACUGUGACUCCCACCACUGCUGGACCUCCACCACCCCCUGGUCCCCCUCCUCCCCCACCACCUCUGCCCCCCACCCUUACCCCAACAGGGCCUCCCCCUCCUCCUGGGCCACCACCUCCACCCUCAGGUCAGGCACCGCCACCAGCACCACCUCCACCCCCUGCCCCACCUUUGCCCUCGGGUCUGUUCACCCCUUCGCCCACCACAGAUGAGAACAAGGGCCUCUCUGGGCUCGCAGCCGCCCUCGCUGGAGCCAAGCUAAAGAAAGUGCCAAGGAGUGAUGAGCCCCUGGCUCCAGCAGCAGGACCCGCGGGGAGUUCUGGUGCUGCCAAACCCGAGGCGUCCCGUGGGAAUGGUCUUUUACCCGGAGGAGGAGGUGGUCUAAUGGAGGAGAUGAGCGCCCUGCUGGCCAGGAGGAGAAGAAUUGCUGAGAAGGGAUCAUCACCAGAGCCUGAACAGAAAGCUGAUGACAUUGAGGCCACAAUAACUCCAAAAGUGUCCGCCUGUAGCACACCAGAUAUGCCCAGAAAGCCUUGGGAAAGGACAAACACCAUGAAUGGUAGCAAAUCACCAGUCAUUGGAAGACGGGACACACCAUGGAGAAAUCAGAUGGGUACUGACAAGUACUAUGAUUCCUUAAACAGACCAAGGUCUACACCAACUCCUACCGGAUCCAUAAGUGCCAAUGGGGUGCCAACAGAAGCUCUUGACUAUGACAGAUUGAAACAGGACAUUCUAGAAGAGAUGAGGAAGGAACUAUCAAAGCUGAAAGAAGAACUUAUUGAUGCAAUCAGGGAGGAGUUGGGCAAGUCAAACUCUGCAUAGGAGGAUGAGAUGCACCUGUAUUUUUUUAAAACCACAAUCUGUCUCUUCAGAGGUCCGCUUCAGUUAUCUCAAAAGCAAUGAAAAUGGAAAAUUACAGUUUUAACCAGUGGUGAUCACAAUAACCAUGUUACUUCGGUGGAUCUGUCAAGUAUGAUGCCGGGAAAGACAAACUUUGAGCGCGGGGGGGCACAAGGAGGCGUAUCAGCGAGAGGAUAACCAGACGCCUCAUAGCGACGCCAUACACCAAAAGCCCCAUCUUGAGGGAAGUCAGGACACAGUCUUAAGGAAGUGACUGUCAGUAUGCAAUGGAUGACUUUUACUGUGGCAAGAAAAUGACGAAAAUAGACAAACUAUUACUGAAUUACAUAGUGUAUUAACCAUUGAAGAGUGAAAUUGUAAAUCAAGCAGAUGACAUUCAUUCUACGGCACAUUGUUUAGCAAAGGGCAGGCUUUGUUUAUAACUUUAAAAGGUGGUAAUGGUGGUGGUGAAGUAACGUUAACUCAGUUGGCCUUGUAUAGAGCAAAACCUUGAAUCUGGCCAACUAAACGAGUAUGGUCUAUUGCUGCAGGACUCUAAAGCUUGUCUUCCUACUAUUUUAACCAGAAUAUGUACAUUAAAAUGAUGACAAAAUAAACAUUAUACCUGCAAGUCAUUCAGUCAACCUGUUCUAAUGUACGCCAUGACCACAUCAGGUAGCUUACUCGCGCUUUUGGUCGGUUUCCAUUUAUUAUUCAGACUUCUCUUUUCAAAAGUGAAUGCUCGACAGGCUGUCUCUAAUGAGCCACUGUUAUCUGUAUACCUUCUUCGUCUUGUGUGUUCGCUAAGUGUUCGGGAAGAUCACGAAGGACAAUGCCUUUCUACUGUACAUCAUUGUAGCUCUCUACCAAAAUCCUCUCAGCCAAUCGAAGUUAAGGUUGACGUCAACGUCGGCUCAGACCGUAUCUGUAGAUAGUGCUAACCAGAAAUACUAUGAACUUUUUAUUCACCGUAGGCUCUUUUCAUAUUUCUUUCGAUGUCAGUGCAUGUCUUCUUAUGAACGGUAAGGGAAAAAUGGUUGCCACGAAAAAUAAUUUAGUUUUCAGUUCAUAAGCAAUAAGUGUAGCAUUGUUGCGCUUUUUUUCUUUUUUGUUUUUCAUCGAUCAUCCACUCUCCCCUCAAACUGUGUAUGAAUGUUGUCCAUACGCAUUCUUUAAAAGUGCAGUUCACAACAGACACCUCUUUAUAGCCAUAAUAAAUUUGCAGGGGUAUGACAUUUUACUCAUUUUCCUUUGGAUUCAAGUAUGUGCAAGAUCAUGUAUGGCAAAUCAUUCAUCUUGCAUGGAGUAUUAACCAACUAAAUAAGUCUGGAGCGUCUAAUGAGGGCCCAGCAGCACAUCAUAGCUUUUUAAAUGGGACUUUUUUUUUUUCUCUUUUUUUUUUUGUCCAAGCAUUUAUUGUUUUACUUUUCUGCACACCGGAAGGCACUUGGCUGUUUUUCAGAGGGGCUUUAUCUUCCAACACACUUUUGUUAGGGAACUUUUAUUGGGAAAUGUGCUUUUUAAGACUGAAAUCUUUGUACAAACUGUCAUAAAGUGUGAUUAUAGGCUGUGCAAAUUUUGAGGAGAAUAACGGAGAACAUUUGUUAAGUUCUCUCAGAUCAGAUUUUUCCUCGGUUAUCCAUUUCCCCCAUGCCAUGCUCACUUGUCAAUAGUUUUUUUUUUUCUCACUUGCUUAGUUUAAUACCAUCACUCGAAAAUAAUCUCUCAAGGAAUAAGAACGUUUGUAUAGAGUGUUUACAGCAUUGAUUGCACUUUAAAACCCCGUAGAAGUUCAAAUGAUUCUAUUGCUGACAAGACGGCUGACACUUUGUUAACGCCGUUAUCACCAAAGCGGUUAUCUCUAGAACGUCACUCUCUCCAGAUCCCUUUGUUUUGACGACAAAUAACUAUUGUUGAUCGUCAGGUUGAGCAAGAUGUUUUGAUCAGGGUUGAUUCAUUCCUGGAUAAACCUGUUAGUGAUCUUCAUGGUUUGUGCCUUGUUUGGAAAUUGCAUUUGAUAUGUCAAAAAUGUAAAGCAUAUAUAUAGAGAGUAUUAAUUUAGGGCCUGCCAUAACUUUUAUUCAUUUGUUUUGCAUUUUGCUUCAGUGAGUUACAAAGGACACUUACAAUCUUUGUUUAAAAUCAAACAUGCAUUCACAUUCUUUUGUGUCAUUUUUCUGUUGCAUUACAGUGUGGAUUGUGUUAUGGUUAACACCAUGUAUGCUGUUGGGGUCUGAGAAAUGAUCUUUGUCGUGGUGGUGAUCAGUUGAACAAUAUUAGAAAAACAUGUUGUCGACACACUGAGAUUCGAUUAUGAGCAGAUUAUGAUUAUGCUGGUCAGAUUGAACUGAAUGUCCUUGUAAUGCAAUUUUCAGUCUCUUUUUUAUCAUUCAUGUCGUACCAUACUGUUUUCAUGUUAAUUAGAAGUUUCUUACAUGCUAACAUUGUUUUGUUUGAGCAAAUUAAAUAAAAAUUGCAAUACAUU